AUGUUAGAGUCUGAUGUAGCAUGGUGCAUCAAGUAUUUAGCGGCGAAGAGAGAAUUUACACACUCAUUCGAUACGUUCUUGAAACAGGUACUGCUAUUAGAAAUUUUUUUUGCAAACUUAUCAUUGUUUUCGGCUUUAUUUGUUAUCUGCAUACGUGCGGACUUUGCAGAUCAUCGCUGGUAUCACGACGGAAACCACAGUAAGUUUGCGAACGAAGGCAAUGCGAUGUUUGACGCAGAUCAUCGAGAGCGAUCAGUCGGUUUUGCUGAUGUGCUAGACUUUCUUCCAGAAGUUUCCUCUGCUGCUCAUAAUCGCAUGACCGACUCUAAUGCAGCAGUUCGGGAGGCUACGGUGGAAAUGAUUGGUAAAUUCGUUGUUGCCAACUACGAUGCCAUUCCAACGUAUUACCCACUCCUUGCUGAGCGAUUGAUGGACACUGGCCUUGCUGUUCGUAAGCGUGUCAUCCGCAUAAUGAGGGAAAUUUGCGAGAAAUUCCCCAAUUUCGAGCAGAUACCCACUAUGCUUGCUCAAAUUGUGCGGCGUGUGCAGGAUGAGGAAGGUGUCAAGAAGCUCGUGCUCGAGACCUUUCAAAAUUUGUGGUUUCAACCAGUUUCUGAGAGGAACACUCCUGCGCUUUUGAAGAAGGUAAAACCUUUUUCUGGCCCUAGAACCCUGAAUAUACAGUUUUUGAAUCGAGGAGUACUUUCAGGUUGUCGUGAUGACAAAAGUUCUUUACUCAAGCAAGGGGAUAAGAGCACCUUGGCUGCAAGCCGACAAAUUGUUGACAUGUUCAUGGACAAUGUCCUCACACUUGAAAACAAAAUGGCAACUGAAAAUGGGGUAUCUGCCAAUACCAAUAACACCUCUAACAGUGAGGACUUGGCCGGUGCUGAGGUACACAAAGCAAAUCAGGAACGACUUCUUGCUUGUCUCAACACUCUGACGUUAUUCAGCAAGGUACGCGGUCACUUUAUCCUUUGA